AGGCCCAGUGCAGGGAAGAUGCUCCUGGCGCUACUCUGACAAACAGUGAGUGUCUAGAAUGAGCGUGAUGGUGUAUGGAGACUGUUGUGUAACCAUAGAGGAGGGGGUUGUAGAUCACGACAGGUAUUUAAGAGUUGACAACAGCCGUGACUCUGGCUAUCAUCCAGCACACUUUCAACUUCUAUCUACAACCCAAACAUACAACCGCUCAGUUCAUAUUUCGCAACCAUGCCUCUCACCAAGUACAAGGCUGCCUGUGUCACUUCCGAGCCAUGCUGGUUCGACCUCGAAGCCGGCGUCCACAAGACCAUCAACUUCAUCAAAGAAGCAGGCGAUGCAGGCUGCAAGCUCAUCGCCUUCCCCGAGGUCUGGAUUCCCGGUUAUCCAUACUGGAUGUGGAAGAUCAACUACCAGCAAUCGCUUCCGAUGCUCAAGGGGUACCGUGAGAACUCGCUUCCCAUGGACUCCGAAGAGUUCCGUCGAAUCCGCCGCGCUGCUCGUGAUAACCAGAUCUACGUCUCCCUCGGCUUCUCCGAGAUCGACCACGCCACACUCUACCUCGCGCAGGCCUUGAUCGAUCCUACCGGUGAAGUCAUCAACCACCGCCGCAAAAUCAAGCCCACACACGUCGAAAAACUCGUUUACGGCGACGGCGCAGGCGACACCUUCAAGUCCGUCACGCAGACUGAACUUGGCCGCCUCGGCCAGCUCAACUGCUGGGAGAACAUGAACCCCUUUCUCAAAGCCCUCAACGUGUCCGAAGGAGAGCAAAUCCACAUCGCCGCCUGGCCUGUCUACCCGGGCAAGGAGACGCUGAAGUAUCCCGAUCCGGCGACGAAUGUCGCGGAUCCGGCAAGUGAUCUUGUUACGCCGGCGUAUGCGAUUGAGACGGGGACGUGGACGUUGGCGCCGUUUCAGAGGUUAAGUGUUGAGGGGCUGAAGAAGACGACGCCUGAGGGGGUGGAGCCAGAGACUGAUCCUUCGACUUACAACGGGCAUGCGCGUAUCUACAAGCCUGAUGGUACGCUUGUUGCCAAGCCUGACAAAGAUUUUGACGGCCUUCUCUUUGUCGAUAUCGAUCUUAACGAGUGCCACCUGACCAAGGCGUUGGCUGACUUCUCUGGUCACUACAUGCGUCCUGAUCUCAUCCGUUUGCUGGUCGACACUCGUCGCAAGGAGCUCGUUACUGAAGCUGAUACGAAUGGUGGGAUUGCGAGUUACACUACGAGGGAGCGCUUGGGGUUGAAUGUUCCGCUUGAUGCGCAGGCGCCUAAGCAGAAGGCGGGUGCGGUGGAUGGACCGGUGAGCUCUGCGUUCUAGACUUGAGAUGAUGCGACAAGGGUUCUGGAAUCAUCCAUGUGUCGAAUUUGACGUAGCGACAGCAACAUAUA